GGAGAGAGCAGUGGACUGAGCCUAUGGAUCGCCGUCGAAGCCCUCCCAGGGGCGACUACCGCGAUCGCGAUCAUCCCAGCUAUGACAUGGGGAGGAGGGAUCGUAUGAUGCCGCGCGAUAUGCGCUACGAUCCCUACGGCUACCCCGGUGGAUAUGGGAGACGUUCCGAUCCCCAGCAGGGCAGGAGGAGCAGGAGCAGAAGCUUGGACCGCGGGUAUCGCGGACGCGGUGGGGGCUUCCGCCCAGCCAGAGGAGGAGGACGAGGCAGGGGGCCGAGAGCUUCAGUUGAGGACCUGGACCAGGCGAUGGACAACUACUGGAAGAAGGAGGAGAACGAGGGAGAGGGGGAAGCCGGUGAAGGAAAGGAUGCGCAGGAAGCCGAUGCCAAGGAUGAGAAGCAUGAGCAGAAGCAGCAUGAUGAAGAGCAGCAUGACGAGCAGCAUGACGAGCAGCCAGGGGAGGAGGAGGAAGCAGAAGGAGGAGGUGAGCCAUAGAGUGCGUAGUAGAGCCGAAGGAAGGCAGGACAAGUCACUAUUUACAAUCACCCAAUGAAUGCCAUCGAAUGG